GUAGGCUUGUAGCAGAAAAGAAAAAUGCAAUGCCGGCUUUACUACUUCCAACCAUUCCACGGGGAGCUUAUAAAAAAGCUCAAAGAGCCUCUUUUUUCGUUCUGAGGUCGAGAUGGAAGAACAGAAGAAGGAAAGCAAGCAGGGUCAUCCUCUUCUGAGAGGUGGGAGGAAGAAGGAAAGGUACAGCCAUGGCUUCUCUUCUUCUCAGAUGAAAGUCCUCACUGCCAUGUGCGAGGCUUUUAUUCCUUCUCUUUACUUAGAGGAAGUCAACCUGAGCAAUGGCAAGGAGGACCCACCAAGCAAGGAUCUUAGAGACUUCUUUAUGGCUUCUGGGUCUCAAUACCCUAUUCCAGAUGAGGUUGCAGACCUCAUGCUGCAGAGAAGCCAGAAGGAGGCUGCUCUUCUAAUUAGAGUUGUUCUUUGGAUAUUGGCAUUCAGGCUUGGUACACUUCUACUUUGCGGUUCUUCGAGUUUUUGCCAAAGAUUCCCCUUCAUCAACAAAUUCUCAGAUAUGACGAUAGAAAAGAGGGAAGAGGUCCUCAACAAAUGGAGCAGGGAGAGAGUUUACAUACCUUUGAGGAUGGUAUUUCUGAUGGUGAAGUUAUUUUGCAACUACAUAUUCUACUCUAUGACUAAUGAAGAUUCAGAGAAUCCAUCAUGGAAAGCAAUUGGAUACAGCACCUCGGUUGAUGAAAAACCGCAAAAGUCACAAAAAGAAAGACCUCUUGAUAAGGGAAUUGUAGAAACUGCAUAUCUUAAUGAUUCAACGUUAAUCACUUCUCUCACUGAAAAGGGCUUAGAAGUGGUAACUGACCCUCUCCAAAAACAACAUGUAGUAAAAUGUGAUGCAGUCAUCGUCGGCUCUGGCUGUGGUGGCGGAGUUGCUGCCGCCGUUCUGGCUACCUCGGGCUACAAAGUUAUUGUCGUCGAGAAAGGCAACUACUUCACUUCUGAAGACUACACCAAUUUAGAAGCCCCUUCUAUGGAUCAAAUGUAUGAAUCUGGAGGAACUCUUGCGACUCUCAAUACGAAUAUAAUGAUUUUAUCUGGCUCAACUGUUGGAGGAGGCUCAGCUGUAAACUGGUCAGCCUGCAUCAAGACACCAGAUCAUGUCCUCAAUGAAUGGGCGCAAGAACACAAAUUACCCAUCUUUCAGAGUCCGGACUACCACUCAGCAAUGAACAAAGUCUGUGAAAGAAUUGGAAUUACUGAGAAUUGCACAGAAGAAGGAUUUCAGAACAAAGUUCUUCGAAAAGGAUGUCAAAAGCUUGGCCUUGAGGUGGAUUAUGUGGCUCGAAAUUCAUCGGACAGUCACUUUUGUGGUACUUGCGGCUAUGGAUGCAACAGCGGCGACAAGCGUGGAACUGAUACGACGUGGCUUGUUGAUUCUGUGAACAAUGGUGCCGUGAUAUUAACUGGUUGCAAAGCUGAGAAAUUUAUAUUUGAAAAUAAUAAGUCAGCUGAGAGUAAGAAGAAGAACAAAUGUUUGGGACUGAUAGCCAGAUCUUCAAGCAAGAAUAUCAUCAAUAGUAUCAGAAUCCAAGCCAAGGUGGCAGUUUCGGCUUGCGGGUCUCUCCAAACGCCUCCUCUUAUGAUUGCAAGCGGGCUUCAGAACCCUAACAUAGGAAAGAAUCUACAUCUUCAUCCAGUUGGCUUAGUUUGGGGUUAUUUUCCGGAAUCAGUUCACGACCUCAAAGGAAAGAAGUUUGACGGAGGCAUCAUCACAUCCAUGCACAAGACAAAGGGUAGUAGGGUGAUCAUCGAAACUCCGGCAAUGGGCCCGUCCGCCUUCUCUACACUUGUCCCAUGGAUCUCCGGCCUUGACAUGAAGGAGAGAAUGGUGAAGUACGGCCGCACGGCCCACCUGUUUGCUCUCGUGCGAGACCGAGGUUCGGGAACCGUGCAGGAGGAAGGGAGGAUUAAGUAUCGGUUCGAUCCUCGCGACAAGGAGGAGAUAACAGUAGGUUUGAGGAAGGCGUUGAGGAUUCUGGUCGCCGCAGGCGCGGUGGAGGUCGGGACGCAUCGGAGCGACGGACAAAGAUUGAAGUGUUCAGGGAUCAGUGAGGAAGAGCUUCAGGAGUUCUUGGAUGAUGUAUGUGCGAACGAAGGACCACAAUCUAAAGCAGAGAUGUGGACAAUGUACUGCUCUGCGCAUCAAAUGGGGAGCUGCAGGAUGGGAGUGAGUGAAGAAGAGGGUGGAGUUGAUGAGAGAGGGGAGAGUUGGGAGGCGGAGGGCCUCUUCGUCUGUGAUGGGAGUCUUCUUCCUACUGCGGUGGGAGUGAAUCCGAUGAUCACCAUACAGACUACUGCGUACUGCAUCGCCAAAGGAAUUUCAGAUUAUUUGAGCAAAUAUUGACAUGAAAAUGGAGCAAUCUGAUGAAGAUCCUCUAUGAGACUUUGAUCAAUGCAUCAUGCUAAUAUCUUUGAAGAUGCUACAGUUAUGUUGUCUACUGAUUUUUAUGUGAUAUAUGAAAUAAAAUUAUCAAUUUCUUA